UAAUCAUUCAGUGAAUGCCGUAAAAUCGUGUAUACGUACGCCUACCAUUAUAUAGACGAGACAUAAUAUCAAAAGCCAUAACCAGUUUGUAACGGGUCGGCUUCACUGGACUUGGUUUAUGUAUAGCCGAAUAGCCAACUAUACGUAGUCUGGCAGUCACAUCACCAUCACCCUGACGACCAGACGCGCCGGUUUUCAAUAUCCGACAACGGCGGGCCGAUUCGUGUUAUAUUCAAUGAUAUAGUGUUGUGCUUAACAAUUUACUUUGUCAUCGCUAACAGUCUGCAAGGGUCACGAUUAACAUUCGUCGCGUCGUCGUUCUCCCUCCCCAGGUCCUACUUCUGAGGCUGGUGAGUACUACAUAUUCCCGUGUGUUUGUUACAGGUGGACUACUUCUACAGCAGCGGCUGUUGCAGCGCGUAACAUAAUUUCAUAACGUCCAACGGCAUGGAAAAACAACAACGACGUCAAAAGGUGCACGCAGCGUUGAACGGAAACGCGAAUACGGACGCGUCGGAAGACAGUCAGCUGAUGCCGGAAAAUCCGGAGAGCGUGCCGAUGACGAAAAGGCCGGCGGGGAGCGGGCCGGAAGACGCCCCCGACAAGAAGGAGCCGCUGUACCGGAUGUUGCUGCAGAACAUCACGGUGGAACCGAUGCUGUUCCCGUACCUGAUCGCGUCCAUACUGGUCAUACUGGCCAACCAGAACCUGAACAUCCAGAAGGCGUGCCGGGUGGAACUCAAGCUGGGCUCGGAGGUGUGCGACGCCCUGGAGAACAAGGACCAGAACAGCACCCUGCUCACGGACAGCGAGAUCACCGUGCAGAAGCUGGUCGCGGACAUGCUCAUCUGGCAGACGAUAUUGCAGAGCAGCGUGCCCGCCGUGUUCGUCAUGUUCCUCGGGUCGUGGAGCGACCGGAACAGGUUGCGGCGGCCGUGCAUGCUGUUGCCCGUCUACGGCGAGAUCGUUCGGAACGUGGGCCUGCUGCUGUGCGUCCACUUCUUCGACGAGCUGUCGAUGAACAUAACCGGCCUUUGGCAGUCGCUGCCGAUCGCCAUUACCGGUUACUGGACGGUCAUAUACAUGGCGGUGUUCUCGUACGUGGGCGACCACAGCACGGAUCAAAAUAAAAGCUUAAGAGUUGGUCUAGUCAACCUAACAAUGGCUAUGAGUCUUCCUAUUGGUACUGGCUUGUCCGGUAUAUUAUAUCGUGCAAUCGGAUUCUCCGGAGUAUACAUCAUAUCUUUGAUACUCUGUUGCAUCAGUAUUUGGAUGGGUUACAUUUUCGUCCAUGAUACAAAACAGAUAAAAUUGGAUUCGGGUAAGAAGCAAAAAAAGUCUUACUGGAAUCGUAUCAAGUUCUUUUUUAGUUUAAAUCACUUAAUUGACGCGUUCAAAGUGACAUUCAAAAAGGAAAAAAACAAUAGAAGAAUGAAAGUUAUUGCUCUUACGUUUCUCAUAACCGGAAUUAUGGGUCCAUUGCAAGGUGACAAAGGAGUUGCGUAUUUGUUUACUCGAGUCAAGUUUAAUUGGAACGAAGUGCAAUUCAGCGUGUUCUCAACCACUACGAUGUGUAUCAAUCUUGUGGGAACAUUUUUGACUAUCGGGAUAGUGGUCAGAAAGUUCGGCAUUGAUGAUGCCUUGAUCGGUACUGUUGCUACUACUGGAAAAUUAUUAGCGCAAUUCGUAUUCGCGUUCGCCACUACUACAUUUGUAUUCUAUUUAGGAGCGUUUGUUAACUUCUUACAAGGACCGGCCAUCAUUUCCAUGAAAUCGAUUAUAAACAAAAUCAUUCCAGCCGAAGAACUCGGCCAAGUCAGCGCAGUGACGAGUAUCGGAGAAAACGUUAUACCCAUUUUGUGUGGCCCGUUAUAUAGUUACGUAUAUGAAUCCACACUGAGCUACUUCCCUGGUGCUUACUUUUUAGUUACUGCGGCCAUAACGGUCCCAACUAUUUUUAUUUAUCUAUGGCUCUAUAUGCAGCAUAGAAAGGAAACCAAAGAAUCGUACAAUAAAUUACCCGAUACGGAUCUUUUGAAAGACUCAAACGGCAUUACUUCUAAGUAUGGUGCAAUAAAACCGUAACAAUUGAUAAUAUUAUUUGUUGGAAUGAAGGGUGUUCCUAAUUAUUAGUAGUAAUAAUAUGUAGUUAUUUACCUUACCUGAAACUAUUAGUUAAAGCGACUCGAUUGUUUUUUUCAUUCUAUGCGUAUAACUCAUCAAAAGUUCCUAUCAGUUUGUUGACUAUACAUAUAUAACAUCAUAUACAAUAUAGAUAUACUAAUAAUAGAAGUGCCAAGACCUAUUUUUAUAUAC